AUUUAUUUAUGUACUUUAAUUGUGGUUUGGUUUGGUUUAUUUUAUGGGCUUGUCUGCUUUUAAAUCUAACAUAUUCCAGUACUUGAAGGGAGCAUACAAAAAGGAGAGGGAACAGCUGUUUACAGGGGUAGACAGUGAUAGGACAGAGGGGAAUGGUUUUAGACUAAGAUGGGAGGUUUAGGUUAGAUAUUAGGAGGAAGUGUUUCACCCGGAGGGUGGUGACUCACUGGAACAGGUUGCCCAAGGAGGUUGUGGAUGCCCCAUCCCUGGAGGCAUUCAAGGCCAGGCUGGAUGUGGCUCUGGGCAUCCUUGUCUGGUGGUUGGUGACCCUGCACAUAGCAGGGGAUUUAAACUGGGUGAUCAUUGUGGUACUUUUCAACUCAGGACAUCCUAUGAUUCUACAAUAUUUAGUUACUUACGAUGAGAAAAUGAUUAUGUUACUCAAAACUACCCAAAUGUUUUAAUUGCCUUCAUUGGAAAUACAUGUUUUGUCUUCACUUUGUUGUUUUUUUCCUUCUCCACUUCUGGAGGAUCACAUAGAUGAAAAAGUACAUUAUGAAGAGUUUAUGGUUUUAAACUCUCAGUUAAGAUGAUAGGUAUCUUCCAAAUGCACUCAAAAAUGACUGCAAAACAACUAAUUUUUAACAACAAAUUUACUGAGUGUGCUUUACCCAUCAUCGAGAUCAUUAAUGAAGAUACUAAGCUGGACUGCAACCAUUAUUGAUCCUUGGGGUACCCCAGACACUACCGGACUCCUACUGGGAGUCUUUGCACCACCUCUAACCCUAACCUUUUCAUUUUCUUGGUCAAUUUUCUAUUAGUUUGCUUCAUUUAGGAUGAUAUUCGGUUCUAUGCCCAUUCUAAAAAGGUUAAAAUAAGCAUGAAUUUAUGGGAUUUUAUUAAAAUAAGCAUGAAUUUAUGAAUUUAUGGGACACAGUCACUGAAUAUGUUUCCUAUCACUGAUAUUAAGAGAUUACCUAAAUCCACAUUUGCUUUCCAGAUGAAGUAAAAAAUAUUAUACACAAAUUCCUGCUCUUUUUGCCAUGACAUAGUAGACAGACCUCAAUUUUAUUAUUAUUUUUUAAUUUUAAAAUGAAAUUCCAGUUUCUUUCACCUUUCCUAGCAAGUCUAUUUGAUCGGGAAAUGUUCGUUUUCAAAAAGAAAAUUCAGAAAAUCACUUAAGUAUUAAAAAAUAUUUCUUGCCUGAGCUCUUCAACUGAAUAAAGAUAGUGGACAAAUUAGUUACUUCAACUUGAACGCAGUAGCAGUCUAAGAUAUUGUUAAAUUCCAAGUUUUUCAACUCUUCAGUAAAUCACUUUUGUUCAAAGACUGUGAUAAAUCACACCUUCACAAAAGUCCUGCUUACUUAUGUAAAUUAGUCCCUUUUCUCAAGUUGCUUUAAAUGAAUGUGAAGCUUAUUAAACACCACAAAUGGACAUCACAGUUUUAUUUGAGCAUUGCUAUGAUGAUCCUUCAAAGGAACUAUCUUGCUGUUCUAAAAAGAUUGUAAGAAGCAACUUAUCCAAGCUAAAUAAAUGUUUAAGUAGUUCUAAACAAUACAUGGGAUUAGAAGGCUUAUACAAAGCUUUAUCCUUAAUGUGACUCAUUUAAAAGACUGAACUCAUCACUCACUGAAGUAGUUUCUAUUCAGUUUGUAAAAUAUAUAAAGUGGGCACAGAUGGAGAAUGUGUUAAUUUACACCUGAAAAGCUUAGAGCCUGAAAACUGCUUACCUUAUAUGAAAGCAUUAAGUAACUAAGAAUGUGCAUCUCAUCAUAUAUGUUAAUACUCUCUCUUUUUUCUCAAGGUUUUCUAAUCUCAGUUUCAAAAUCUCUGCAAAAAGCAGAAGAUGAAGAUAUGUUGCUAACUGCAUUCAAUCUAGGAAAAGCCCUUCAAAAUGGAGAUAGAUCUGAAAAGAGUGGAGCAACGCCUUCGCUGAAACGAUAUAAGAUUGAGGAAAGCUUCUCGGAUGAAGAUGGUGACAGAAAAUCAAAGUUUUUUGACAUCAAUUUCAGACAUGACUUCUUAAAUCAUGGUGUACCAAUCAGUGCAGGCAGAGAGCAAUUACCUUACCUUGCACUGAAGGGAGCCAUUGCUUUUCCAGCUGACACCGAAAUUCAGAAGAUUGAAUCAGUACAGGAAAGAGAGACAGUAGAAGAAGAAAAUUCAGCUAAAUUCCCCAUAGGAAGGAGAGAUUUUGACAUGCUCAGAUGUAUGCUGGGAAGAGUCUAUCGACCCUGUUGGCAAGUCUGAAAACUACUGACUCGCAGCACCUUCUUCGAAAAAGAUUAAGCAUUUUAUUAUGAGUUUAAUGUGAUUGGAAGCUAUUGUGUCUUAGUUUUGCUAUACGUAUUGCUAAAUUUAUUUUCACAUUGCAGUGUUGAGAGAAACAUAAUUCAUUACCAAAACAGAACAUAGUUGUAAACACUGAUGUAUUCUUGUCAAAAAUAAAAUAUAUCUGCACAAUCA